UGUCACUGACCGACAGUGAGUAACGCGUAAAGCUUCUGAUCGAUUCGCCUUCCUUCCACUGUUUCCCUCUGUUAUAUCUGCUUGCUUCCCAUUUUCUGCAAUUUUAGAGGGUAGCAGAAGAAGCUUUCAUUUGCAGGCCUUGAAAAAAUUCCUCUUCCCAAGCACUUGAUCUCAGGUGUUCUUCUUCUUCUUCUUCUGAGUUCUGAGCAUAAUUUUGGGUUUUGCUCUACUGCAAUUGAUGCUCUUUUUUGUGACCUCUAUUUUCUCAAAUCUUUUCUUUGUUUUUAAAAUUUAUGGUGGGGUUUUGAAUGGUUAAUGAGUUGGAUUUAAAGAUGCUUGUUCUUCAUCCCCACAUUUUCCAUGAUACCCACAAUUUCGUUUCUUUUAUUCCCUUUUCCUUUUGGUGAUUCUUCCUUACAAAGUUGUCUGGGGUUUUCAUAUUCAAAUGGCGAGAUACAUGAAUGAUGAGUCAGAGAUGGGAAAGCUUGUGCAUAAUUUGGCGAAAGAAAUUGAUGUCAAAAAUGGAAAGUUGGAAGAAAUGGAACGCAAAUAUGCAGAGCUUUCUGUAUCAUAUGGUAGGUUGAUGGAGGAGAAAGAGAGGCUAAAUCAAGCUUAGAUUGAAGAAAUGAGGAAGAUGCAGCACAUUGCAUCCAAUCCCUUUACUUGGUUUCUCCAAAAGAAUAACAAGUCAGAUUGCGACCUUGAAUCUCGAAGACUAGAACUUCAACAGCAAGCUAAUGAAGAGGGGAGGUGUGAGGCCCAAGAUGCCCUUGAGUGGGAAAACAUGAAUCUGGGGAAUAAAAAGCAAAAGCCUAACGCAGCGAAGGGAAAAUUGCAUGCUCUACAAGAUAUGGGAACUACCACUAUUUACCAUUUGCAGAAGCAGAUUGAAGAUCUAGUUAAAGAACUAAAAGAAAAGGUUGAUGAAGCGGAAGAUCUGGAAACCUUGAAUCAGACGUUAAUGGUUAAAGAGCGCAGAAAUAACCAUGAGUUACAGGAAGCACGCAGGGAAUUGAUAAAUGAUUUUGAAGAAUUAUUCAAUAAAAGCACUAAAAUUGGGAUCAAGCGAUUGGGGGAGAUCAAUGAGGAACCAUUUCAAGAAGUGUGCGCGCAGAAGUUCUCAGCUGAAGACUGGGAGGUCAAAUCUGCUGAGUUAUGCUCUUUCUGGCAGGAACAAAUUAAAAAUUCAGAUUGGUAUCCUUUUAAAAGGAUUCAUGUUGAUGGAAUACUGAAAGAAACAGUUGAUGACAAUGAUGAACAAUUAAAAAAGCUCAAAGAGGAGUGGGGUGACAAAGUAUGCAAUUCUGUAACUACAGCAUUGUUAGAGUUAAACGAGUACAAUGCUAGUGGGAGAUAUGUGGUUCCAGAACUGUGGAACUUCAGUGAAGGAAGAAAAGCCAGCUUGAAAGAGGUUAUCCGGCACAUUCUCAAUCCGAUUAGGGCCCGUAAGCGCCAAAGAAGAUGUGACCAACGUCAGGAUUCAUUUCAAAUUAGAGAUGUUAUUGUGCUUUGACUUCAAUAAAAUUUGGAAUCUCUUGGCUAUGCUGAAGUCUGCUGAAAUUCCUCAGAAAUACUGGGUCAAUGUUCAAAAGCCCUUGUAUGGGGCUAUUCAGAUAUUGGUUUGGGACUUCAUAUUUUCCUGCUGUCCAGUUCCAGGUUUUAUUUGGUUUUCGUAACUUCAUAUUUCAGAUGCUGUAUUUGUAUUUUGGCUUUUCUUUGGCCAUAAGAAGCCCCGUGGAGAUAUAUACCACACCAUUCUGUAAGGGAAGAUACUGGUACCCAUAAACUAGCUCUUUGUAUCUUAUUAGUUGAAAGUGAAUCUUGUUGCCAUUAAUGAUCUA